GUCUCACCCAUGCCUCGCGCGCCACACCAUACGCCGAGCGUUGCAUCCCGCCACUCGUCCAGCCGCAGCUCGAGCGCCGUGUCGACACCCGUGCGCACCGGCAUGGCCAAGCGCAGCGCAGGCGGUCUUCCUCUGAGCAGCCAAAGCAGCAGCCAGAGCAGCAGCCGAGGCAGCAGCCAGCAGCAGCAGCAGAGCGACACUCCCAGCAAGCAUCGUGGUAUUACCAAGCGCCGGUACCGACCAGGCACGGUCGCACUGCGCGAAAUCCGCAAGUAUCAACAGACGACCGACUUGUUGCUCCGGAAAUUGCCGUUCGCGCGCGUCGUGCGCGAGGUCGCGUCUGAAAUUAGCAAGCACGCCGACGGUCUGCGGUGGCAAGCACACGCCAUCAUGUGCUUGCAAGAGGCUGCGGAAGCCUUCCUCGUUCACCUGUUUGAGGACGCAAAUCUCUGCGCUUUGCACGCCAAGCGUGUGACGCUGUUCGUUUCCGACAUUCAACUGGCACGACGCAUUCGUGGCCCCACUGCUGGACUCGGCUAAGACCCCCUCCCUUUGUUGCUGCGAGGCUUAUCGUUGCGUUGCUGGUUGUUUUGAGUUUUUGUUUACUUUGUUCGCCAUUCAGCGCGCCCGUUUUGUCUGUGUGCGUGUGUGUGUGUGUGCGUGUGCGUGUGGUUUGCGUUUGUGCUUUGCCUGAUUUCUUGUUGAAAUCCACCUCUUGGGUUGCUUUUUCUCUCAGAUAGUUGUUCAGCUCGUUGGAUUUCUGUUGUUGUUGUUGUUGUUGUUGUUGUUGUUGUUGU